AUGGCCGAACGUAAGAGGACGGUGAUGUUCCUCGUGGUGGGCCUACUGGCCUUCAUAUCAAUGGCCUUUUUCAUCAUUGCUUCCGUGACCGCGCCAGCUUUCCACCAGAUAGGUCUCGCUAAGAGCAAUGGUUUCACAUACGGAACCCUGGGUUACUGCCAAGAUGGUUGUUCUCGCGCGUCUGCUUCAUACCAUCCAGAGACCCUCGACGACGACGAAAACACCAAAUGGUUUCUGCCUCAGAGCAGCAGGGCCAAGCUGUCACGCAUACUGAUCGUGGCACCAGUCGCCGCCGGGCUGAACUUCUUCACAUUUGCCUCAGCUUUAGUGCUGUUCGCACUCCCGGACAUCAACAUCGGUGCUUUGUUCUUCGUGAACUUGACUCUCUCAGUGCUUACAUUCUUUGCCUCUGCGCUGGUAUGUGUAGUCGAUAUAAUACAGUUUUACCCACACGUCACCUGGUGUGCGUGGAUACUUGUGCCCGCUGCUGUGUUUGCCCUGAUGAACAUUCCUUUGUUCAUCCUGGCACACGUAUCGCAAGCUAAGGAGCCCCUCUACGAUGAGGACUCGGAGAAGCCGCUCACCAGGCUGGUCGCUGAUGAGUUUGACGGUAUCGAGGACGACAUCGACCUGAGGAAAUACAACAACGAUCUGGACGAGAAGCUCGGGUUCCACUACAUGCAAAACGCAGUGAACAACUCUACCGCUACGGUGCUCCCAGACCCUGAAAAGGUUCGCACAAACGGAAGCUCCAGCCAGUACAACACCUCUGCCUCUUCAUACUCAGAGAAGUACGAGGACAGACUACUUGAAAAUGAGUUGGCCGAUGAAACUAGAGAUGAACUAGGUCACGAGGCGUUCUCCGCCAUCGACAGUCAAGGUGGCAGACUCAAACACUCAAGAAACAGCCAACAGUUCUCUGUGCACACCUCUUCUCACACACCAUCUCUGGAUUCUUCUGUUUACUCGCAGCAAAACUUGGAAAACUUGAGGAAAUCAGCAACACCAUUCAUUGUAAACAACGGUGACCAACCACAAAUAUUACAAGAUAUUCUAAAGCAAGAUCAAAUUCAGGGAAGCAAAUAUAACGGUCAGAACUACCCUGCUCUACACAAACAACCACAGCAAUUGACAGUACAAGGCAUUGAUGACAACAGAUCUGAUAUCACCUCUGUAUCAAGGCGUGGAGUGGACCCAGAACAUAUUAAAUACUAUGAUAAUGGAAAUCAUUUGAAUGCUAAGGAAUCUCUACGGCAACCAAACCUCCAUCCUGGCCAACAGAAGGCUGUUCCAUAUCCAGUCAGUAACUAUUCUAUGGAUAGAAACACGAACCAGCACCCAAAUAUGAAUGGUAGACCCAAUGGACCUCCAGCUCCAAUGACACAGAUAGGCCCCGGUAUGAGAGCCCCUAACAACAUGGCCCCAAGCGUCGGUCGUCAACCUAUGCCACAUCCUAUGCAUCAACAAAUGCAUCCAAUGCAGCGUGGUAUGCCACAACAAAUGCCACACCCAAUGCAGCGUGGUAUGCCACAACAAAUGCCGCAACAAAUGCCGCAUCUACCACACCCAAUGCAACACCCAAUGCAACAUCCAAUGCAACACCCAAUGCAACAUCCAAUGCAAUACCCAAUGCACCCACCUGUGCAACAAACUAUGCCCUACCAACCAAGGACAACGGCCGGCUUCCAACCGGCUUACAAGAAAAGAUUCAGAAAUAGAAACAACAUACCUACAUCAAGUUUAGCAGCAGAUGAUAUGCUUAACUUUAGGUAA